UCAUAGAGGUCGAUUCUGAUAUUUCCCAUUCAGACUCGCAUCUCACUGGAAAUGAGUUGGACACAAUUAAAGAACUAUCAAAGGAAUAUUUAGAUACUUACACUUCAGAUUCCCAUCUGUAUUCUGAUACGUUUGAGUCUAGUGAAAGAACUAAGGCAGAAUCACAAUAUGAUGAAACAGGAAGUUCCUAUAAAGAACAUUCAGUGUAUUCUGACACAAAUUCAACCAAAACUUAUACAGAUUAUUCAGAAGAAGAUGAAAGCCUUCUAGAUAGGUCGUAUAUUGCUCCAGAUUAUGAUGGGAAAUCGCUUACUGAUGAUGAAGAUGAUGGAGGGAGUGCCACUGUUGAUGAUGAAUAUAGUUAUACAUUUGAACCAACAGAACCUUCUACCUACUUUCACCAUGAUCCAGAACAGGCAAAGAAGGAGGCAGAGGAGAUUAACAAAGCAGAGCAAGGGAAAAAAGAUUUUGUUAAAGCCAUGUUGACCAAACUCCAAUCAAAACCAGAAAAAAAGUUUUCACAGCUAGAAACAAUACCUUCUCACACUGAAGAAGCUGAGGAAGAUGACUACUUGAAACAUUUUUGUAGGAAGAAAUUAAAACUGUUGAAGAAGAAAAAGCUAGCCAGUGAAGCAGAUGAUGAAAGUGAAGAUGAUAUAUCUGGGGAAAGUGUUACAUCAUCCAGCACACAGCACAGACUGUUAUCUGACUAUGGACUGCCAGACUCUGUCCUUGAGAGAGCAAAGAUAACCAAUAUACUGUCAGCCAUGAAAAGGGCUGCUAAAGAAGAGAUUCAUGAUCCUCGUAAAUGUAGAGAAUGCAGGGAUAUGAAAUCACAGUUAGAUGAGGAAGAUGCUAGAAGACAAUUUGUUACAGCUCAUGCAAAAAGAUUGAAGAACAAACUUAUGGAUGCCAAAGUAGAAGAACAUAUGUUAAAAAUGAACUCUGUAUCAAUGAUAGCCGAGCUGGCCAGGACAUUACCAAGAUCCUCAGAGAAACCGGAGAAAAUAUUUGACCAGUUAUUUGAACCUUUACUUGGCAAAAAUGUCAUGAGAUGAUGAAUGUGUUUGAUUAACAGUGGUCCAUACUUCUAUUACACUGUUUAUUCCAGCCGGUAGUUAAGAGCUGUUUAUACAUGUAGAAGAAUUCAUGAACAAGAUGGAGCAAGUUGAUGUGCAGAUAAUUUGUACAUGUGCUUCGGUCUCCAAUGUUUUUUCUUACCUUCCCAUGUUUGAGGUCAAACUCCACCAAGAGCUUUGGUUUGGAAGUGACGUGACAAUAUAAAGUUAUUUAAAGAUUAUGGCUUGGCAUG